CCUGAGGGCUUUACCCACAGUGCCUAAGGCCUCUUGGCUAAUUUUGAUCGCUAUCAGACGCCGUCGGCGUCUAACCCUACCUAUUUUUCAGGGGCAAUCCCCGAGCACCUUCACCCAAGCUAGCCGCCCUGCAACCCCGCCCCCUCACGGAGGCCCCGCCCCUCGUGAAUCAGCUGAUCUCAGGGACCCGCUGGGUUGUGAAGCUCGCGCCGGAUGCAGACUGGGGUGCUGCGGGUGGAGCGUCAGGUGAGCGAGCGUGAGUCCCCGCUCGGCCCUUGGCUUAGCAGGGCUGAUAGGCCGGGCUGUCCUGUGUGCGGGAGGCCGGGGGUCCCAGAGAGAGGCGAAGGCGCAGGCCGAGGCCCGGGAGCGCCCUUGGUGACUCACAGAGACGGCGCCCGCGUCUUCCAAAAAGCCUGCGUCCGACCGACGGCGCCUGCCCGCCAAGGAGCACCCGUGGCGGCCCCUCGUCCCGGCCCCAGGUUCUCUCACUCGCCCCCUACCUCCCUCCUCAGACGGGCGCCACUGCAUUGGUCUCAGCGGCGCGAAAGUGUUUCACGACCCCCCUUCCCGCUUCCACCCACGCUGCCUCCUUUACUCAUUCAUGAGGAUUUAUUGACUACCCACUCCAGACGCCUGGCAGGUACACCGGAAUCCCUGGCCUCGAACCUCGGUCUUUAUAUGCCUUUUGCAAAAAAGAAAUGAUUUGGUGAUGGAGUGCUGCUGCCCCUGACCGAUGGACUCAAAGAAGAGAAGCUCAGUAGAGGCAGAAGGAUCCAAAGAAAGAGGCCUGGUCCAUGUCUGGCAGGCAGGAUCCUGUUCUUUAGCACCAGAGAGAUUGCCAGGCUGGGGAGGAAAGACUGUUCUUCAAGCAGCCCUGGGAGUGAAACAUGGAGUUCUUCUGACUGAAGAUGGUGAGGUCUACAGCUUUGGGACUCUUCCCUGGAGAAGUGAACCAGCAGAGAUUUGUCCGAGUAGCCCCAUUCUAGAAAAUGCCCUGGUCGGGCAAUAUGUUGUUACUGUGGCAUCAGGGAGUUUCCACAAUGGAGCAGUGACAGAAAGUGGCGUAGUGUACAUGUGGGGGGAGAACUCUGCAGGCCAGUGUGCAGUGGCUAACCAGCAGUAUGUUCCAGAACCAAAUCCUGUCAGCAUUUCUGAUUCUGAGACCAGUUCUUUGCUAGCAGUCAGGAUUUUGCAGCUGGCAUGUGGUGAGGAGCACACUCUGGCAUUGUCAAUAAGCAGAGAGAUUUGGGCAUGGGGUACCGGUUGUCAGUUGGGUCUCAUUACCACCACCUUCCCGGUGACAAAGCCACAAAAGGUGGAACAUCUUGCCGGGCGAGUGGUGCUACAAGUUGCCUGUGGUGCGUUCCACAGCUUAGCGCUUGUACAGUGCCUCCCUUCCCAGGAUCUAAAGCCAGUCCCAGAAAGAUGCAACCAGUGCAGCCAACUCUUAAUUACUAUGACUGACAAAGAAGACCAUGUGAUUAUAUCAGAUAGUCAUUGUUGCCCAUUAGGUGUGACACUGUCAGAAUCCCAGGUAGAAAACCAGGCCAGCACUGCCAUCAGCCCCUCCACUGAAACCCUGGACAACCAGGGAGAAGUAUUUGAGAAUACGCUUGUAGAAAAUGAUGUGCCUGUUGCUACUGACGCCACGAGAGGUGAUGCCAUUUCCUCCCAACAAGACACCAUGGGAACAACUGAAAUUUCUUCUGCCAGAAAUACACCAUCGUACCCUGAUACUCAAGCAGUAAAUGAAUACGUGCAAACACUGUCAGAUCGUUCAGUAAGAGAGAACUCAGAGAACGGCGAAAAGCCAAUGCCAUCUCAGCCUUUUGUAGAAGAAGCAGUUCCUAAUCUUCACAGCCCACCAACCACAAGCACCUCAGCCCUAAACAGCCUAGUAGUCUCUUGUGCAUCUGCUGUUGGUGUGAGAGUGGCUGCUACAUAUGAAGCCGGGGCCUUGUCCCUUAAGAAAGUUAUGAACUUCUAUAGCACAGCCCCUUGUGAACCUGGAACUCAGGCAGGCAGUAGUUCCAUAGGCCCGGAAGGUCUGAAAGAUAGCAGAGAAGAACAGGUUAAGCAGGAAUCAAUGCAAGGAAAGAAAAGUUCAAGUCUUGUGGAUAUCAGAGAAGAAGAAUCAGAGGGAGGCAGCCGAAGACUCUCCCUCCCUGGGUUGUUGUCCCAAGUUUCCCCCAGGCUCUUAAGAAAAGCUGCACGGGUAAAAACUCGGACAGUGGUUCUGACCCCUACGUACAGUGGAGAAGCAGAUGCACUCCUGCCUUCUCUGAGAACGGAGGUGUGGACCUGGGGGAAAGGGAAGGAAGGACAGCUGGGGCACGGUGAUGUUCUGCCUAGGCUUCAACCACUAUGUGUAAAAUGUCUCGAUGGGAAAGAAGUAAUCUAUCUGGAGGCAGGGGGUUACCAUUCUCUUGCACUUACUGCGAAAUCCCAGGUUUACUCAUGGGGUAGCAAUACCUUUGGUCAACUUGGGCAUUAUGAUUUUCCAACAACAGUUCCUCGUCUUGCAAAGGUGAACAGUGAAAAUGGAGUCUGGAGUGUAGCUGCGGGCCAGGAUUAUUCCCUGUUUUUAGUGGAUACAGAAGACUUCCAACCUGGGUUAUAUUAUAGUGGCCGACAGGACCCUACAGAAGUUGACAACCUUCCAGAGAAUCACAGUGGUACUAAGACUCCAGUACUUCUCUCCUGUAGUAAGCUCGGAUAUAUAAGCAGAGUGACAGCAGGAAAAGAUAGCUAUCUAGCUUUGGUGGACAAAAAUGUUAUGGGAUAUAUUGCCAGUCUCCAUGAGUUGGCUACUACAGAAAGACGGUUCUAUUCAAAACUAAGUGACAUCAAAUCUCACAUCCUCAGGCCUCUUCUUAGUUUAGACAAUUUGGGCACUGCAAGUACAGUCCAGCUGUUGCAGGAGGUGGCGAGCCGGUUCAGCAAGCUGUGUUACCUAAUCGGUCAGCAUGGAGCCUCACUGAGCAGCUUCCUUCAUGGGAUAAAGGAAGCCAGGAGUUUGGUCAUUCUGAAGCAUGCAAGUCUCUUCUUGGAUAGUUAUACAGAGUAUUGCACAUCUAUUACAAAUUUCCUGGUUAUGGGAGGAUUCCAGCUUCUUGCUAAGCCUGCCAUGAGCACGUUAAAGCAGAACACUUCUGUGGGGUUAAAUGAGUGUCCUCAGCUGAUCUCAGCAGCAGAACAUGGAGGAGGAAGUAGGAACAUCCACACAAGCCAAAUUGAUUUCCUAAAUAAAAACCAGGAGCUGUUACAAGAUUUAUCAGAAGUAAAUGAUGAAAACACUCAAUUGAUGGAAAUACUGAAUACUCUGUUUUUCCUGCCAAUCAGACGACUUCAUAAUUAUGCGAAAGUUUUGCUAAAGCUUGCUACUUGUUUUGAAGUGACAUCUCCAGAAUACCAGAAACUGCAGGAUUCCAGUUCUUGUUAUGAGUCUCUUGCUCUCCAUCUCGGCAGGAAAAGGAAGGAAGCUGAAUACACACUGGGCUUCUGGAAGACCUUUCCUGGAAAAAUGACGGAUUCCUUGAGGAAGCCAGAGCGCCGACUGCUGUGUGAGAGCAGUAACCGAGCCCUAUCUCUGCAGCAUGCUGGGAGGUUUUCUGUGAAUUGGUUCAUUCUCUUUAAUGAUGCCCUAGUCCAUGCUCAGUUCUCCACACAUCAUGUUUUCCCUUUGGCCACAUUAUGGGCAGAGCCACUUUCUGAAGAAGCUGGUGGUGUGAAUGGCUUAAAGAUAACUACACCUGAGGAGCAGUUCACUCUCAUUUCAUCAACACCCCAGGAAAAGACUAAGUGGCUACGGGCUAUAAGCCAAGCUGUGGAUCAGGCUUUGAGGGGGACAUCUGACCUUCCACCUUAUGGAAGUGGCAGUAGUAUUCAGCGGCAGGAACCACCCAUUUCACGCAGUGCCAAAUAUACUUUCUAUAAGGAUCCUCGCCUAAAGGAUGCAACCUAUGAUGGACGCUGGCUUUCAGGGAAGCCCCAUGGCAGAGGGGUUUUGAAGUGGCCAGAUGGAAAGAUGUAUUCUGGCAUGUUCAGGAAUGGCUUGGAAGAUGGAUAUGGAGAAUAUAGAAUCCCAAACAAAGCAUUGAACAAAGAAGACCAUUAUGUGGGCCAUUGGAAAGAAGGAAAAAUGUGUGGUCAAGGAGUCUAUAGUUAUGCCUCUGGUGAAGUGUUUGAAGGCUGUUUUCAAGAUAACAUGCGUCAUGGUCAUGGUCUCCUACGGAGUGGAAAAUUGACUUCCUCUUCUCCCAGUAUGUUCAUUGGCCAAUGGGUAAUGGAUAAGAAAGCAGGAUAUGGUGUCUUUGAUGAUAUCACUAGGGGGGAAAAGUAUAUGGGAAUGUGGCAAGAUGACGUAUGUCAAGGGAAUGGUGUGGUAGUUACCCAGUUUGGAUUAUACUAUGAAGGCAACUUUCACCUUAAUAAAAUGAUGGGAAAUGGGGUUUUACUUUCCGAAGAUGAUACUAUAUAUGAGGGAGAAUUUUCAGAUGACUGGACUCUUAAUGGAAAGGGAACACUGACUAUGCCAAAUGGAGAUUACAUUGAAGGUUAUUUUAGUGGAGAAUGGGGAUCUGGGAUAAAAAUCACUGGAACUUACUUCAAGCCUAGUCUGUAUGAGAGUGAUAAAGACAGACCCAAAGUUUUGAAGCUAGGAAACCUGGCAGUGUCAGCUGAUGAGAAAUGGAAAGCGGUCUUUGAUGAAUGUUGGCAUCAACUGGGCUGUGAUAACCCAGGCCAAGGGGAAGUUUGGAAAGCAUGGGACAAUAUUGCUGUGGCCCUGACUACCAAUCGGCGCCAACACAGAGACAGUCCAGAGACAUUAAGUCGUUCACAGACUCAAACACUAGAGAGUUUGGAAUUCAUUCCUCAGCAUGUUGGUGCCUUCUCUGUGGAGAAAUAUGAUGACAUCAAGAAAUAUUUAAUAAAGGCCUGUGACACUCCUCUGCACCCCCUGGGCAGGCUUGUGGAGACACUGGUUGCAGUUUAUAGAAUGACAUAUGUGGGUGUGGGAGCCAAUCGCCGGUUAUUGCAGGAGGCUGUGAAGGAGAUUAAGUCCUACCUUAAGCGAAUUUUCCAGCUGGUGAGAUUCUUAUUUCCUGAGCUUCCUGAAGAGGGCAGCACAAUUCCUCUCUCUGCUCCUCUGCCAACCGAAAGGAAAUCCUUUUGCACUGGGAAGUCAGAUUCCAGAUCCGAAUCUCCAGAGCCUGGUUAUGUGGUAACAAGUUCUGGGUUACUGCUUCCUGUACUACUACCUCGGCUCUACCCACCACUGUUUAUGCUCUAUGCCCUGGAUAAUGAUCGUGAGGAAGACAUUUACUGGGAAUGUGUACUACGACUAAAUAAACAGCCAGAUAUUGCUCUUCUGGGCUUCCUUGGGGUGCAGAGGAAAUUUUGGCCAAUGACCUUGUCAAUCCUUGGAGAGAGUAAAAAGGUUUUGCCAACCACAAAAGAUGCUUGUUUUGCCUCAGCUGUAGAAUGUCUACAGCAGAUUAGCACGACAUUUACCCCGUCAGACAAACUUAAGGUCAUCCAGCAGACUUUUGAAGAGAUCUCUCAGAGUGUCCUGGCAUCACUUCAGGAAGACUUUUUAUGGUCCAUGGAUGACUUGUUUCCUGUUUUCUUAUAUGUGGUGCUACGGGCCAGGAUUAGGAAUUUAGGCUCCGAGGUACACCUCAUUGAGGAUCUGAUGGACCCGUAUCUUCAGCAUGGGGAACAGGGUAUAAUGUUCACCACCUUGAAGGCGUGUUACUACCAGAUCCAGCGUGAGAAGCUUAACUAGGAUGCAGAACAGCCUGACAACUGGAUUAUCUGUAGGGUGUUUAGCACCAUCUGGCGUCUUCCUGUAGUGACAAAAAAGAAUGGUGUUGAAAUUAGGACGUUAUUAUUUUGGUUGUUAUUUCUGAGCCUUACUAAUGGUGAUAGCUCUGAGUCCAGAAAAAAGACUGUAUGGUUUCAAGGGAGGAAUUUAAAGGACAUAGGAUUCAAUUAAACCAGUCCCUCGCCUAUGUUAAAUUCCCAAAAUAUCACACAUUUACUGUUUGGAAAAAGAGGAUAUCCCUUCCUACAGUAAAGACUAUGCCAGCUACAUGAAGUCGUAAGAGAAAUUCUCAGUAUAGCUUCUUACAUUAAAGAAGUUAAUAAAUAUUUUUGAGUGUCGGGUUUGCCUGCAGUUACCCCAGGCCCUUUUGCAAGGAGCAGAUGGUACUUGAAACUAUUGUAGCCACACUAUGCCUUCCUGAAUUCCUUGCAGUCACGUGUGCAUCAUGCUUCUUUGCUGAAGGAGGGGGAAGAGGACCUUCUAAAACUGCAGUUUUAACUUUUUCUAAGCUUUUCCACUAGGUAGUGGUCAUGAUGGGAGAGGUUCUAUGCAGUGACUACCGCACCCUGACCCCAAACAUGGAACACAUCUAAAUAGGAGUCUUCUGCCUCCUGAUUAGGAAGAACAUAGGAAAUUUGUUCUUGGAUUCCUUACAGUGCUACAGAGUGAAUACACUGGAAUUCAAACACUGACUCUGAGCUGCUAUGGAACCUCAUUUGUCCAUGUGCAAAUGCUGUAUUCCGAGGCCUGUGAAUGAGAGCCUGAAGAGCUUUUGCAUGUGGGCUGUGUUUUGGAGCAGGACUAAAUUCUGGGAAAUAGCAUCCAUCCUUGAUCUAGCAUUCUUCCCUCUACCUCGCACUGAACUCACAGAGGGGAAGAAAAAAGGAAACAAGCUUUGGCUUUUCCCAUCUCAAAAGUAUUGUAACACCUCAACAUUUUAGUGUUUUGCUUUUUUACCUUUUUUUUUUUAAUGUCCUAUUGUAAAUGGUUGGUUUACACUGUACUAGUAACACUAGUAGUUGUUUUGAAUAACAUAGGUGCUCUUCCUCAUCUCAUCUCCUACACACCAUGGUGAGCAUACAGAGUGUCCUCCAGAUUUAUGUUAACAUCAGCAGAUGUUAAUCAGUUUUGAAAAAGGAUCAUGGUUUCUGCUCUACUUUAUAAUCAAGACGUGUUUAUUAAAAUACUGUUUUGGAAUGUUGGCUGUAAUGUAACAGCAAUUUUCAUAAUAAAAGACAUUCAUCUCUA